UUUAAUGUCCCCAUGGAAACUGCCUACUUGCAAAAUGUUUCUGGGCCAAAAUAAAUUAGUUGUGUGUGUACUGUUUAUCGUAGGAUGUUCUACGGUAGUCACGAGAGCUCUGUACAGUCGUACGUCAGAGGACGGAAAAGAAUAUGGAGACAUUAAUCUACCAAGUGAGAUAUGGAGUGAUCGUAGAAAAGAGCAACCAUUACUUGUAGAUACCAAGGAACAUGACUCUGUGCCAUACAUAAAUCUCAUCACCGGAAACUCUAAAGAGUGGUCAAACAUGGAACAUUCCCGGCAAUCAAAAAGAUCAGAAGACUUACUUGCCCAGCCAAUUCCAAAUCCUCCAAUAGCCAACGAUCUAACUGCAUUAAACCUGAGUAACCCUAUUUCAAAAUACCACUGCCCUAUAAAUCUAUUAUACGGCAACAACUUAACUGUGAAAAACUACUUUCUCUUGAUGCCACGAAACAAUGCCAGCUCCAAUUUUCCUGUGGAAACCCCAGAAGAAGAAGAAGCCCCCCAAGAAAAGUUCUCACCUAAGUUAUUAACUGAAACUAAUUCGAAUGAGGCAACAACAGCCAUUCACGCCUCCGAUGGCAUGGAUGAGAGCUCUACCCAGCAGACUUCACCUACAGAGUCAUCGACCAAUCAAGAAGAAUUGAUAUCCACAACAAUAGAGUCGUCUUUGGAACCCCAAUAUUCAACAAAUCCAACAGAGUUCUCAGUCUCAGCUACUCAAGACUUCAACACGUCCAAAAGUGAACUGACAGUAUCGGGUGAAAACUUGGUAAAGACUGAUGAACUUUCUACCCCAUCCGAAAGUACGGGGGUUCCUGAAACAACUGCUGAGGGAACGGUGACUACAGGAGUAUCAGAUGAGAUCAACCUAGAUUGGACAACAGUGUCUGAACCUGAAACCACUGUUACAGAAAUAUCAAAUUUCACAGGAAUAAAAAAUGAAACAAUUGGUUCCAAUGCUCCUGGAGACACAACAGUGUCUGAACCUGAAAACACUGUUACAGAAAUAUCAAAUUUCACAACAAUAAAAAAUGAAACUAUUGGUACCAAUGCUGCUGGUGACACAUCUGCCGUAACAAAACCAACCGUAGAUGUCAGAAACGAUGUUAUGCGCACAAUUGACAAGUAUUGUGAAACAUUCAACAUGAGUGAAGCUGGCAUGUAUACACUGUUUCCUGCCAGUUUGGGGAAAGCUCCUCCGUUCCAUUCUUUCCAAGAUGAUAAAUCUAAAAUAAAGCAGCAGCUUGUAGGGGAUAAACGCACUAUAUUGAAAAGAAAUCUCAGGAAGCAUUUUAAUCCUUUAUAAUAACCUCCAAAUCGAUGGUUAAAGAUAAUUUAAUUAUUCUAAAAACUAUAUUGAGUUUGAAUUGUUUGCUUUUUUUGUCAAAUAAACUACCAAAUUAAUCAUGUUUUAACCGA